GAUGACCGAUAGUCGUUUUCCACUUGAUAAAAGGAUCGUUUACAUCUCUCCUGAAGAGCUUUCGAAUCUUACGACAGACGGACCAGUUUAUGUACUAUCAACUGCGGAAAAUCCAGAACGUAACCCUUCAACAAGUAGUUCAACGCAGCUUGCUUCAAUCAGCCAAAAUCCAUCCUCAAUUGCUUGUUCAACGUUUGGUAUAACUUCAACUUCAUCAUGCAGCAGCUCGAAUUUGUUUACUAACACAGUCUCAUAUCCAGUUCCUUAUCACACCAACAUUCUAUAUCCUCCUCCUGUGGUUCCGACAAACUUUGUUUCUCCCUAUGGGUUCUAUCCUUUUCAAAUUCAACCUUUUGUCGGUUCACCACGAGUUUCGUGGAUUACACCUGGUUUCCAGAAUCAUGCUUUGUAUCCUUCAAGUGCUAAUGUAUUCCCAUCGUCUGGUCACUACAUUCACCCCUACCAAAAUUUCCAUACUUUCCAAUCCAAUGUUCCGUCUACUUCAUACUUUCAAACCUUCAAUCCUUACAAACCCCCUCCGACUUUCAGUUUGCCACAACUAACUACGAAGUGCAGCAACACUGUUCUGGUUCAUGAUUCUACUUCAGUUGUCACUCCCAAUAAUACCGUUACAAGUAUUGCAAGCACUAUGAAUACUAAUUAUACCAAACAUCCUUGUCCAUCCAAUCGACCAAACGAAGAAAAUAGAUCUUUAGAAUCGAAUAACUCGAAAACGAAUUCAACGCCAUCAUCAUCCAGAUUGAAACACUUACAUCCUUUACGAUAUACCAAACUUAUCUACGCUUCAGAAUUGAAUUAUUUUACUUUUGAUAAGAUUACUGGAUCGCAUGUAGCCACACGUCAUUUGAUUGAUUUGGAAGAUCGAUUUGAAAAUGAAGUAAUCGCAAGACGUCAUCGUGUAACUUCAAAUGAUCCAGUAAGACAUCCACCUGAACGUCCUAUAUUGUCUGAUCAUGAGCAUCGACGUAAUUCUCGUGCUUCUCAUUUAAAUCGUUCAAAAAAGUCAACGCAUAAAAAGGAUGUGUUUCACACGGAUCAUGAUAAUGAUGAUCAUGAUCAUCAUCAUAAUGACCAGUUGCUAGUAGAUAACAGUGGCAGUGCAGAAAUUACAAAAAAAAAUUUAUUGACUGAUCAAGCAAACCAUUCAAAAAAAUCAUUAUCAUCAAAAUCGCAUUGUCAUUUACAUAAAAAUAAACACAAUAAUUCUUUAUUGACCAAUUGUGAAUCAACUUCAACUAACAACAACAACAAUCCUGAUAAUGCUGAUGCUGCUGAUGAUGAUGAUGAUUGUCAAACUAUGAUGAUUAAUGGACGGUCAAUUUGUCAACGUACUUUAAGACAACAACGUGAAAUUGCUUAUAAAAUUCAACAUCCUAAUCGUUUACAUCCAGAUAUUUGGCAUAAUGAAGCGAAUGAAUUCAACGAUGGUCCAGCAUGUUCAUGUAAACCGAAAUAUCGUAUUGGACCAUUACAUAAUCAAUAUGAAGGUGAAGAGCCUAUUCCACUGUGCAUUCCAGAAUCCAAUAAUCGUGAUCGUCUUUAUCAUUAUCGUGUAAUUAUAACACCAACAACUAAUUUUGUUCAACCAAUCCCAUCGAAAAUCACUCAUCAUCAACAUGAUUAUCUAUUUGAUGGUUUCUCAUUGUUUACACAUCAUAAAUUGAAUAAACCGCCUCCAUGUCAAGUUCUACGUUUUAAUCUAUUAUAUGAUAUUUUUCCAAUUGAAGAAGAAUUCCCUCAGUAUUUCACUGUUCGUUCAUUAGAUCUACUUACACAAUAUCUAUUUAUUGAAUUACUUGAAUUAUUAGAUUUAAAUUGGAAACCAUAUAAAGUACAAGAAGAAAAUGAUGCGAAAAGUUGUCAUGUAAUUCAUUUAAUGCCAAGAUUUAUACGUAUUUUGUCAAAUACUACCACCACCACUACUAAUACUACUAAUACUACUAAUCCGAUUGUUAGUAGUAAUAAAAAUAGUAAUAAUAAUUCAGUAGAUAACAGUCAACAAUACAAUACCGAGUUAAAUAAUUCUAGUGUUUGUAUUGAUGACACUAUUGUUGAUAAUAAUAAUAAUAAUAAUAAUAAUAAUAAUAAUAAUAAUAAUAUGAUAAUUGGAGAAUUACUUCCAGUUCAUGUUAUAAUGGAAUAUUGGUUAAAAGAAGCAUUAACUCCAGUAAUUAAUAUAAUGGAAUUAUCAUCUAUACAACAUAUGACUACAACAGAAUGGUCAAGUUAUAUUAGUGAUUUACGUGGUACAUUAGCUUGUUAUCCAGGCAAAAAACCAUCAACUAUACGUAUUGAUCAAUUAGAUCGUCAAUCUGUAACAGGUCAAUGCAAUCAAACUACAUUAAUCUAUCCACUCAUAGUACAUAUGACUUAUACACCAAUGAAAUUAAGUUUAACACGUGAACCAAAAUAUAAAUGUGUAUUGAAAAAUUUUAUGAAAUUACAAUAUUUAUUAAUGAAUAAGCCAAGAAUUAGUACAACAGAUCGUGUACAAUUAGUACAAUUAGCUAGUGAAUUAGAAGAAAUGGAACAUUCUGGCGUACAUCGACGUGAAAUUACUGUAGAGAUUAGUUGUGAAGGAUUUUAUCGAACUGGAAUACGACCAGAUAUACCACAAUAUGCAUUGAAUUUAGUUUCAUUAAUAGCUCAUUUACGUUUUCAUAAAUCAUUAGAAAGUUUAGAGAAUCGUUUAGGUUAUACAUUUAAUGAUAAAUCUCUAUUGCAUCAAUCUCUUACUCAUCCAUCAUAUCGUCGAACUAAUUUCGGUACAAAUCAAGAUCAUUUUCAAAAUUCACUAGUUAGUUGUGGUCCACGUAUUUUAGAAUAUGGUGAUAAACUAGAAUUAUAUAAAGCAUGGCGUAAAAAAGGUUUAACUAAAAUGAUACAAGUUAUGUCAUUUCUACCGAAAAUGCAUGAAGAACGAUCAAACAUAUAUGGAAAUGAACGAUUGGAAUUUUUAGGCGAUGCUGUUGUCGAAGUAAUCUCUAGUAUCCAUUUAUUCUUCAUGUUCCCUGACUUAUCUGAAGGUCAUUUGGAUGCAUACCGUCAAGCUAUUGUUCAAAAUCAACAUUUAGCUGAAUUAGCUGUUCGUCUUGGCAUUCAUAAAUAUUUACUAUAUACUCAUAGUGUAGAUUUUUGUUAUGAUUCUACAUUUAUCUACGCUCGAUCGGAUGCAUUUGAAGCUUUAAUGGCUGCAAUUACAUUAGACGCUGGAUUAGAUAUUGUUGAUAGAAUAUUUGGUGCUGUACUAUUUGGUGAUGAUGAAAGAAUUCAUCGUGUUUGGGUAAAAAUUCCACCUCAUCCAUUACAAUCUCAAUGUCCUGAAGGUGAUCGAUCAUGGGCAACAAAAGUUCCAAUGUUAAAGAAAUUAUGUACAUUAGAAGAUACUUUGGGUAUAAAAUUUAAACAUCUACGUGUACUUGCUCGUGCUAUGACUAUACGAAAAACUGGUUUUAAUUUUUAUACUUUAGGUGAUAAUCAACGUUUAGAAUUUCUUGGUGAUUCUUUAUUGAAAUAUGUAUCAACCGAUUAUUUAUUUCGACAUUUUCCACGACAUCAUGAAGGACAUUUAUCAUUAUUAAAAAAUUCUCUAGUUAAUAAAUAUACUCAAGCAUCUGUAUGUAGUGAAUUAGGUUUGGAAAAUUAUGUAAUACGUCGUGAAGAUAAUAGUAUGCAUAAACAUAAUGAUGUUGAUGACGAUGAUGGUAAUAAGAAUAAUACUACUUAUAUAAGUAGUCAACAAUCAAUCAAUCAACUCAAAUUUAAACGUAAUAAAAAAUCUGGUCAAAAACGAAUUAACACUUCAGAUAACAAUAAAAAUGAUCAUUGUAAUGCACAAAAUCAAAAUGUAAAAUAUAGAGCUGAUUUAUUAGAAGCAUUUAUCGGUGCAUUAUUUGUUGAUAAAGAUUUAACAUGGGUUGAACGUUUUUGUCAAAUUUGUUUUUGGCCACGUCUUGUUGAAUUUAUUUUAAAACAAGAAUGGAAUGAUGCUAAAUCAAAAUUACAACAAUGUUGUCUUACAUUUCGUUCAUUAAAUGAAGAUCCAGAAAUUGCACAUUAUAAAGUUCUAGAACAUAGUGGACCAACUAAUCAACGUGUUUAUCGUGUUGGUGUUUAUUUUCGUGGGCAAAGAUUAGCAACUGGUCAAGGUCGUUCUGUCCAACAAGCUCAAAUGGAAGCAGCUAAAAAGGCAUUGGAAUUACAUCAAGAUACAUUUCGUCAAUUGGAUUUUCAACGUUCCGUCAUAUCGAAACGAUAUAAACAACCGUAUAUUAAUAAAAUAUUAGAUCAAGUACAAAAUUGGGAUGAACAAUUAGUGGAAUAUUUUAUUUCAGAUAAACCUACUACUAAUAAUACUACUAGUAGUACUACUACUACCACUACUACUACUACUACUGCUAUGCCUUCUACAACAACUACUCACAAUCAAAUGAAUCAUACUAUUCAUAAUCAUUUUCAUGAUAAUCCUGAUAACGAUGAUGAUGAUGAUGAUGGUGAUGCCGAUGAGAAACAAUCAUUGUAUAAAAGUAAUAAACGUUGUUGUUUAAAUAGAAUUACAUCGAAUCAAACUAUUUGUACCAAUGAAAAGUCAUUAUCUCAUUCCACGGACGUAUCACCAGUCACCAUAUCUCCAUUAUCACAAAUAUCAAAUUCAUCAACCAUGACAAUAAUGUCAUCAAUGAUUGAUCAUCAGCAUAAUAAUAGUAAGCAAGAUGCAAUCAUGAUUGUUGAUAAUAGUCAAUUGGAACAAUUGAAUUCUAUGGAAAUUGUAAACGAUAAUGAAUUAUCUAGUCUAUUAUUAUUCGAUAACAAUAAUAUUCACAUAUCGAACAAUAUAGAUGAUGUCAAACACAUUGAGGAUGAUGAACAGGAGGAAGUGAUGAGUUUAGUUAACGACAACAAGAAAAUUAAAGCAUUUCAUAUCUUCUUCACCAUUGUUGUUGUUGUAAAUAUUUCUGCUAAUCUUACUACUACUACUACUACUACUAUUACUACUAUUACUACUACUACUACUACUCACACUACUACUACUACUACUACUACUACUAUUACUACUACUACUCACACUACUACUACUACUACUACUGCUACUACUACUAUUACUAUUACUACUACUACUACUACUGCUACUACUGCUACUAUUACUAUUACUACUACUACUACCACUACUAAUACUACUACUACUACUAUUUAUGCUACUACUUAUACUACUACUAAAGCGGUUAAUGACGAACAGAGACUUUGAGUAAGUAGCCUGAGAUGCAUUUUAUUUCCUUCUUUUCCAUUUUUACGUAUUAUUUUUUUUUCAACGUGUGAAAUCCUUUUUUCAUUUAUUAUGCAAGAAACAAAAAUAAAAAUACAAUAAAAGUCAAUUGUAAUAUCAAUGACAAAUUGGAUUUGACUGUUUUAUAUAUUUAUUUUCAUUAUAAACUUAAUUGAUGUGCGUAUAUUAUUAUUAUGUUAGGUAA